GUCAAAAAAUUUAACACACCAGCAGUGUGAAGAGACCUGAAAGUGGCACAUGGCAGCAGAGUGUGGCGAUGGAGACAGCAGCAAUGGGAGGCCGUACAGGGACCCAUGAGAGACUCUGGACUUGGCAGCAGCAUGAGGAGGCGGUAUAUAGGGGCCCAUGGCAGAUUAGGGGCCUGGCAGCAGCUAUGUGAGGCCCGUAAUCUGCCUGCACCCUAUGUCAAAAAAUUUAACACACCAGCAGUGUGAAGAGACCUGAAAGUGGCACAUGGCAGCAGAGUGUGGCGAUGGAGACAGCAGCAAUGGGAGGCCGUACAGGGACCCAUGAGAGACUCUGGACUUGGCAGCAGCAUGA